AUGGCUCUCCUUGGCUCAGAGGAGACAUCCAUGGCUCUUCUUGGCUCAGAGGAGACAUCCAUGGCUCUUUUUGGCUCAGAGGAGACAUCCAUGGCUCUCCUUGGCUCAGAGGAGACAUCCAUGGCUCUUCUUGGCUCAGAGGAGACAUCCAUGGCUCUUCUUGGCUCAGAGGAGACAUCCAUGGGUCUUCUUGGCUCAGAGGAGACAUCCAUGGCUCUUCUUGGCUCAAAGGAGACAUCCAUGGCUCUUCUUGGCUCAGAGGAGACAUCCAUGGGUCUUCUUGGCUCAGAGGAGACAUCCAUGGCUCUUCUUGGCUCAGAGGAGACAUCCAUGGGUCUUCUUGGCUCAAAGGAGACAUCCAUGGCUCUUCUUGGCUCAGAGGAGACAUCCAUGGCUCUUCUUGGCUCAGAGGAGACAUCCAUGGCUCUUCUUGGCUCAGAGGAGACAUCCAUGGCUCUUCUUGGCUCAGAGGAGACAUCCAUGGCUCUUCUUGGCUCAGAGGAGACAUCCAUGGCUCUUCUUGGCUCAGAGGAGACAUCCAUGGCUCUUCUUGGCUCAAAGGAGACAUCCAUGGCUCUUCUUGGCUCAGAGGAGACAUCCAUGGCUCUUCUUGGCUCAGAGGAGACAUCCAUGGCUCUUCUUGGCUCAGAGGAGACAUCCAUGGCUCUACUUGGCUCAGAGCAGACACCAGUGGCUCUUCUUAGCUCAGAAGAAACACCCGGUCUUCUUGGAUAA